CUCCCCUCCUCUCCGGGGCCGCGCAGGCGCACUGGCUCCUCUGUGCGCUCUACUGUUUGCAUUGUGUCUGAACUGCCGGCGAGCUUUAAAAAUAUUAUACCCACCGCGGCAAUGUCGGGCAGGUCGGUCCGAGCUGAGACCCGGAGCAGGGCAAAAGAUGACAUCAAGAGGGUUAUGGCCGCUAUUGAGAAAGUACGAAAAUGGGAGAAAAAAUGGGUGACUGUUGGAGACACGUCCCUUCGCAUCUACAAAUGGGUCCCAGUGACGGAGCCCAAGUCAGAUGAUAAAAACAAGAAUAAGAAGAAGGGCAAAGAUGAGAAGUACGGCUCAGAGGUGACCACUCCAGAGAACAGCUCUUCCCCAGGGAUGAUGGACAUGCAUGAUGACAACAGCAACCAGAGCUCCAUCGCCGACUCCUCCCCGGUGAAACAGGAAAACAGUUGUAGCACCAGCCCUGCCCCAGAGCCCACCGCUGUGUCUCACCGCGAAAACAGCGAGACCAAGAACGACCAGAGCCCUGACAGCAAGAGGGGUAAGGCCAUCCCUUCCUCAGAGACCUCAGAGAGAGCACAAAGUGCCAAGAGAGACAGCCAGUCCUCAGGGGAGAAGGACUCAUCAGACAGCAAAGCCACUCAGGACCUGGAGGAGGAGGCCCCACCCAGCAAGAAAAGCAAACUGGAGUCCUCAUCUCAGGACUUUGAGGAGAGUUAAAUGUUCUGGGCUGAGUCAUUUCUCUCCGUCACCCUCCUCUCUUCCUCCCUGUAUACCUCCCUCCAUUACCCCUUAAACACUUUGGGGAUAAUGGACUCACCGGCUCUCCUCCCUCUCCUCUCCUCCUCCUUAGGCCCCCCGCCCUCUCCUCGCCUCCCCCGUCAGUACUCGUUAAUACCAAAGGGAGAAUGGACAUCUCUCUUCCCCCCUCGCCUAACCGUCAACCCACCCCAGUCACCACCUUUGCCCUAACACUCCUCUGCCACAGAGGGAGAAUGGAUAUUACCUCUAUUCACUAAUCCCCUCCGUGCUUCCUUACAGUUCUCCACACUCUCACUAAUGCCAAGAGAAGCUCUGAACGCAGGCUGCAGUCCCCUCCAUGACCAGGGGCAGCGCUGUCAGCCCAGCUCAGCCCAGGCCAGGCCAGCAGAGAAACACUGACCUGCAUCUGUGACUAAAAGAAUUAACACUGGGGAUUUGAUGCUGAUGCCCACAUCAGUGCGAGUAGGAUGAGGUUGAUCCUAGACUCUGGUCUGAGACCUUCUUAAAUGUUUUACUCUCAAUGGUUUAGCUCAGGAUACACAGAGGCUAACCUGGUCCUAGAUCAGUGGCUAUGGGAAACCUCUACCUAAGACCACAUCACUUCAAUCCUCCCAAUUCGCCUCCUGGUAGACUAAUGUUCUAUAUUUGUUUAGAAAAUGUUUAGGGUUUUUUUCUCAGGAGGGUCAAUGCACUGUUAUGGUAUAUCACAAUCGAUCACAGAUAGAUUUGCUGCUGUAGUGGAUGUGUCUUUUUUCUCUAUCCAUGAAAGUUUUUCAUUCAGUUGUUUUUGAUGAGUUAGUUCUGGUAUGUAGAGGAAGGAGACAACGGUACUGGCCAAGUUUAAACUCUUUGAUGAAAAAUAGUGAAGACAGGCAUAGGUAGCAUAGGUCGCAUAGGUCCUGAAGGUGUGCCUUGUGUUGCUAUGAUUAAACAUACUUCUUAGGUCAACCAGUUUAUAAUUACACUUUUUGGUGCCAUGUUCUGUUUUUUUUUUUUUUUUUUUUUUUUUGCCUUAUAAUUGUCACUAAUGUUUAUUCAGUAUUUACAUUCGACUGCAAAAAGUUUCAGUUAGACUUUUAGUUACAAGAAUUGGAGACUGGAAUUUAAACACUACCCGAAAGUAAUAUUAUUGUUUUGUCUCCUGUAAAUUUCACAUCGCAAACCUCGUGAGUCAGAAAUCACCUUGAGAAUUGAAGCGGUUUCUCUCUAUACCCUGGUUACUGAUCUGUUUCUGCUUUAGGUGACACUCUGUUGUUGAUGUAUUUUUUUGUUUUCUCCUUUUUCUGAAGUUGAAACAGACUAGUGCUGGUACUGGUUUCCUGUCUGGUCCGCCAUCAUGACUUACAUUUGAUCACUUAUCUCUGUAAAUGUUCUGUGUAUCACUACUUACCUAUUGACCUACGAAUUUUCUGUAGCUCACAAUAGAGGGUCCAGUCUUAGCUCGAGCAUUGGUUCUAAUCCUCCUUCAAGGUGCUGUCUAUCGGCUGAAUCCAUACACGUGGCAUCAAGCUCUUGGUUUUGUGCAGAUUUGUCAUUGACAUCAAUGUGCGACUUACUUGAACUUAAUAGUAAGGAUUCAGACCUAUGACCUCUAAUGUACAACCUCACACAUGUAAGAUUUAGUUGCAGUAAUGAAUAUUUACUUGUGACUAUUGAAUGGAGUCAAUUUAAUCACAGUAAACCAAUGACUUCGCGUAACAGGGGCUAGAUAGGAAUACUUUAUGACACAGAAUUACUUGAUCAGAUGAUCUCAGCAAAUCAGCAGUCACAUGGAUGGAGAGAAAAGAAGUAAAAAAAAAAAGAAAAUUGUCUCAGUUUAGAGGAUGGAUUAGCAUAUACCUCAUUCCCAGUCCAGCAGCGCUGGUACUUAAAAUGCUAUGUAUUGACAUUAACAGUUAUAAACAGCAUUAUGUACACUCAGUUAAAAAACAAAUCUCACUUAUGUUGUAGCUUUCACCUGAUCGAGCCGAUUGCUUAUAGUUUGCUCAUAACUGUGUGUAAAAAAAAAAAAAAAAGAAAAAAGAAAAAAAGAGCUGUGAGAUAUGAAUCUUGUAUGUUGUUUUUUCUUGGGACCAUGUUGUUUCACUUUAGAUCUUGUACAGAUUUAUGGUUUGGUUUGACUUAUUUAUUCCAUCAGUAGUGCUUGGUUUAUAUCAUGUCCGAUGGUUUUGUUUUCUUAAUAAAAGUCACAAAACUUUUA